AGAACGAAACUAACCAAACUGAUCGAUAAUAAGAAAUAAAAAUUUUGGAAAAUUGAAAAAUAACUGAGAAUUUUGUAAUGAGUAGAUACGCCAGAUAUUCAGAUUUAGUGAAGCAAACUACCGAAUAUGCCAGAAGGAUGAACCGAUUAAGCAACAGAAUAUUCGGAGAAGUGGCUCGAUCAACAAAUUCCAAAUCCAUGAGGGUAGUGAAACUAUUCAGUGAACAGCCAGUUCAUCUACGUAGGGAAGUUCACAGCUAUUACCCAAGACAUGUAGAACUUGGAAAACUCAUGAUUAAACUUCGGUAUUAUGGUUUAUACAGAGAUGAACAUGCAGAUUUCCAAGAUGAAAUGGAUAGAAUGCGGGCAUUGAGAGGCAAAACAAAACCUAUUCAUAAGACCAAAGCAGAAAGAGAAAAGGAAAGUUGAUUAGGAAGAAAGUUAUGUAAUGUAUGAAGUCAUCAGUAAUAAUAGAUUAUUAUGUACAAUUUCAUUUCACUUAAUAGGUACUUGAUUUAUCAAUUGAAUGUUUUUCAUUCACUACCUUAAUCAUUGUUUGUUGACUU